CUUUCGCCCCCGCCGCGCCGCGCUGCGGGGCAUGAGAGCGGCCGCCCCGCAGCUCUAGGUACCCCCCGGGCCCCAUGGCGAUGUCCCGCGCUGCCCUCCUCCUGCUCCUCUUCUGCCUGCCGGGGCUGCGGCGGGGGGCGCGGGGCAGCGGCCAGCGCCCGCGGGGCUGUCCGGCGCCGUGCCGCUGCGAGCAGGAGGGCAUGCUCCUCCGCGCCGACUGCUCCGACCUGGGGCUCACGGCCGUGCCCGCCAACCUCAGCGUCUUCACCUCCUACCUUGAUCUCAGUAUGAACAACAUUACUAAGCUGCCCUCAAACCCUGUGCACAAUCUCCGCUUCCUGGAAGAGCUACGUCUUGCAGGAAAUGGCUUGACAUACAUUCCUAAGGGAGCAUUUGCUGGCCUUUUCAGUCUUAAAGUGCUGAUGCUGCAGAAUAACCAACUACGCCAGGUCCCUACUGAAGCACUCCAGAACUUGCGCAGCCUGCAGUCUCUACGUCUGGAUGCCAACCACAUCAACUAUGUGCCCCCCAACUGCUUCAAUGGCUUGGUCUCCCUCAGACACCUGUGGCUAGACGAUAAUUCUUUGACAGAAAUUCCCGUCCAAGCUUUUAGAAGUUUACCAGCACUUCAGGCAAUGACGUUGGCACUGAAUAAAAUUCAUUACAUACCAGACUAUGCUUUUGGAAACCUCUCUAGUUUGGUAGUUCUACAUCUCCAUAACAAUAGAAUCUACUCCCUGGGAAAGAAAUGCUUUGAUGGGCUCCACAGCCUAGAGACUUUAGAUUUAAAUUACAACAGUCUGGACGAGUUCCCCACUGCUAUCAGGACACUAACAAACCUAAAAGAACUGGGAUUUCAUAGCAAUAACAUCAAGUCAAUACCUGAGCGUGCAUUUGUGGGUAAUCCAUCACUUAUUACAAUACAUUUUUAUGACAACCCUAUCCAGCUUGUUGGAAAGUCUGCUUUUCAACACUUACCAGAACUCAGAACUCUGACUUUAAAUGGUGCUUCACAGAUAACAGAGUUUCCUGAUCUGACAGGGACUACAAGUCUGGAGAGUUUGACACUCACAGGAGCACAGAUCACCUCUCUCCCCAAAUCAGCUUGUGACCAGUUACCUAAUCUCCAAGUGCUGGAUCUGUCUUAUAACCUGCUGCAAGAGUUACCUUGUUUCACUGCCUGCAAAAAACUUCAAAAAAUUGACUUGCAUCAUAAUGAAAUCAGUGAAAUCAAAGCAGACACGUUUCGGCAGCUGGCUGCUCUUCGGUCUCUGGAUUUAGCUUGGAACAAAAUUAAAAUUAUUCACCCCAAUGCCUUCUCCUCUUCACCAUCUCUGAUCAAACUGGAUGUGUCAUCCAACCUUUUGUCCUCUUUUCCUGUGACGGGGCUACAUGGUUUAACUCAUUUAAAAUUAACAGGAAAUCAUGCCCUACAAAGUUUGAUAUCAUCUGAAAAUUUUCCAGAACUCAAGGUCAUGGAAAUGCCUUAUGCUUACCAGUGCUGUGCCUUCGGAGCUUGUGAGAGCCACUACAAAAUCUCCAGCCAAUGGAACAAAGAUGAGAAUAGCAGCAUUGAUGAUUUCCACAGGAAGGAUGUGGGAUUGUUACAAAUUCAAGAUGAGCGUGAUUUUGAAGACUUUUUUCUUGACUUUGAAGAAGAUUUGAAAGCUCAUCAUUCAGUGCAAUGCUCACCUUCUCCAGGUCCCUUCAAACCAUGUGACCACCUGUUUGGUAGCUGGCUGAUCCGAAUUGGAGUGUGGACCAUAGUGGGUUUGACCUUUAUUUGCAACGCACUGGUGUCUGCUACGGUUUUCAGAUCUCCAUUGUAUAUGUCCUCCAUAAAACUGUUGAUCAGUUUAAUAGCUAUCGUAAAUGCCUUGAUGGGUCUGGCCAGCGGUGUACUGGCUAGUGUGGAUGCGUCAACUUUUGGUAGCUUUGCUCAGUAUGGAGCACGGUGGGAAGGUGGAAUUGGUUGCCAAAUAACUGGUCUUCUCUCCAUUUUUGCUUCAGAAGCUUCCAUUUUCCUCCUUACCCUAGCUGCACUUGAACGUGCAUUCUCUGUAAAACACGCUACAAAGUUUGAAACAAAAUCCUCCAUUGCUAGCAUAAAAAUUGCCAUUUUCUUUUGCUUUAUGUUGGCACUAAUCAUUGCAAUGAUACCCCUCCUCACUGGGAGUGAGUAUGGAGUUUCUCCGCUAUGUUUACCACUACCAUUUGGAGAACCCACUGCUAUGGGCUACAUGGUAGCACUGGUAUUGCUGAACUCCCUUUGUUUUCUGGUAAUGACUAUUGCUUAUACAAAGCUCUACUGUAGUUUAGAAAAGGGAGAACUAGACAACAUUUGGGAUUGCUCUAUGGUCAAACAUGUAGCCUUGUUACUUUUUACUAAUUGCAUUCUUUAUUGCCCUGUGGCCUUCUUAUCUUUUUCCUCCUUACUAAACCUUACUUUUAUCAGCCCAGAAGUGAUUAAGUCAAUACUGCUGGUGAUUGUCCCACUGCCUGCAUGUCUAAACCCACUCCUUUAUAUACUUUUCAAUCCACACUUUAAAGAGGACUUGGGAAGCCUGCGAAAGCAAACUUUGUUAUGGAGGAGAUCAAAACAUGCUAGUCUGAUCUCUGUGAAUUCAGAAGACAUAGAAAAACAAUCUUGUGACUCAACACAAGCAUUGGUAACCUUCACAAGUGCCAGCAUAUCAUACGAUAUGCCGACCAGCAAUUCACUAAUGCCAUCAUCUUAUCAAAUGACAGAAAGCUGCAAUCUUUCAUCAGUCGCAUUUGUUCCAUGUCACUAGUUUCAGUGGCAUUCCAGAAAAUAUCUAUGUUUACAAAAUUUUUAAUCCCAAAAGUGAGUAUGGAUGUGUGUAUACAAGCUAGAGAGUGCCUCUGAAUUAUUGUUACGCACAUCAGAAAACAGACAGUGACAAAACUUGCAGCAGGCUGAAAAUCGAAUACUUGAGCCUUCUCAGCCUGCUUCCGAAAUGCUGGGAUGAAGAGAGAAACUGAAAGUUGCUGCAGUGUGUUCAGUUGUAUCAGCUGCUCUCUUUUAAAGUAGCACUACUCAGAAAGGCAUCAGUUGGUCAAGAGCGAAAAUAGUACGUUAAAUUGGUAAGCUGUUUUUUCAGAGCAUCACCUGAUGAUACAGUUUUAUGACCUUGGGUUUCCCACACACACACUCCCCAUUAUUGUAAUUUGGGUUUAAUAAUAGUUUUUCAGUGCCACGAUAGUUUUUAUAAGCAUCUGUGUAUGGCCCUCAUUCAAGCAAGGUAUCUAAAUGGAAGAGUAGUCCUAUUAAGCUCCUAAAGGUUUCUACAGAAUAGACUUUGAUGAAGUUCCGUGUUUGAUAAAGGCGAUUUAAUAGUUUAACUGGCAUUGGAUUUUGGUUUUAGAAGUCAUCUGACUUGAAAGCAUUUUUAAUUGUCAGCUAAACCUGCAAAAUUAACGUGGUGUGAAAGAAGUUAAUCAGGAUCCUGUUAAGUGCUUAAAAUAUAAUUGUAAACAGCAAGCUUUUGUCAGAUGGAUAUUUUUCUAGUGAGGUUCUGCACACUUUGGUCUUCAGUUGCUACCAUGCCAGUAGAAUUACUCCCAGAAUUACUGCUGAUAAAAUUGGCAGAUGACUCAGAAUUUGAGAGUGGAAAAUACUAUAUAGAAAGUCAUCAAUACAAACCAGAAACAUUAAUUUAAGGUAAUUUGUCUAGGAACAAGAACUGUAGUCUUGUGCAUGGCAUGAUCUCUGUCCUGUGAAACAAUGAUUCUAGAAAACUUCUGGUUCAUGGUCACUAGUCAGUUGAAGAUUUAGAGGCCACUGAGUCCUUUUGGCUAAGGACAGAAUAGCCAGUGUCCUUAGCCAAAGCAGUACCAAGUAGGAGUGAAAAGGUUGUAUGAUCUGUAUUCUUAUCACUGAUGCAAGCACUACUAGGAUAUUUCAAAGAGUUCUUUGCAUUCGCAUGCUGUGGAGAGCACUGUGAAAUUGAAAAGGAUAUUAAUAUCAUAAAUUUAAAGCAGCUCAAGAAAGAAAUGAUUUGAUCACAUUUUAUAAGUAGCUACUUCUGGGAAACAGAAGUUUGAGAGCAGAGGACUACUCAUUCAAGAGAGAAGAAUCUGGUAGGAUUGACUGGAAGUUGACGCUAGGGAUAUGCAGCAUAGAAAUAAAGGUGCGAAUUGUUGACAGUGAUGGUCAUUAGAUAAUGGUACUACUUAUCACUAAAAUCUCUAAAUUCAAGUUGUCUAUAUUGCCAAAAAAAUCAGAGCAGCUAUUGGAAUUCAGGGACUUCUGAUGGCUUUAGUUCAGGAAAAGAUUAGAUUAGAUUAGAUUAGAUUAGAUAUUAGAUUAAUACAGAGUUCCUCUAUGGCUCUAAAUCUGUUAACACUUUGCUGAAUCAAGGCAUGUAUGUUUACACAUUAGAAGCAUCCCAGUUAGAGAUGAAAGACUUCAGGCCUUUGCCAAGUCUACUGUGAAAAUAUCUCAGACCACAAAGCCACCUUCACGUCCCUAGGGUAUCAGUCUUUGACCUUGGCCAAGCCAUCAGGGGAUAUUCCAGUAUUCUUUUCUCAGAGCUGGCACCUUUUGCUUGAGUGAGCUGAUCAUUUAAGACAUACAGGUGCACAAAUCUAAUCUUUUUUUGUUGUUAAAAAUAGCUCCCUGAGGAGUAACAUAUAAUAGCCCAGUGCUCACUGCUCAGUUAAUGGCCACUCAACCUCCAGGUGAAUUAGACUAAUUUUUAACAUUACCAAGGUUAGGCUAGCCCAGUAAUUAUGGUAAUCAGUUACAGAUGAUCUCUGUUGUUCAUCUGUUACUGUAUAUAAAACUUGCUGGGACUCAAACGACAGAUUUUUCACAAUGAAGAAUUUGUUGCCAACAAUGGAUAUGCCUCGAUUUUCUUGUCCAUUCACACUGGCAUAUUUUCAGUUCUGCAGUUACAGAUGGCAUCAGUUGACUUUGGCUGACAUGUUCAUCCUUCAGGAAAAAAAAUGAACCAAUGCUAAAAUUAUGUACGAUAAAGUCAGCUGAGAACUUAUCUUAAUCCUUUAUCUCUUGUGGGUUUUGAAGCAGUGCAGCACACAGCUGUAGAAGGAUGCCUGAAACCAUUUUGGAUUAAACAGAGGAUCAGUCAACCAUUGCACAAUACCUAUUACCAUGUUUACUUAGCUUUAAUUUAACUGGGGUCCAUCUGUGCUGCUCUGCUUAAUGUCAGUGAAAUUCCUUUCAGCUCGCUAUAUUUAAGAAGUUUGUAAAGUGAUUGAGAAGCAAAAUAAUGUUAUAAUUCUAAAGACUCGUUAAAGAAAGCUUCUUUUAUCAGAACUUUUUUAGCUUGCAGAAAGUCCUAAAGGCUUCGUGUCUUAUUUUUAUAAGCAUGUUUGAAAUAUUUUGAUCAGAUAUUUUAAACUUGAAAUUGUUAAAAUUCAUUUAAUAGAUUUUUAAAGUAAAAUGUGUAAAUAUAGAACUGUAUUUAUUAUUACAGUGAAAUGCAACUACAGUAAAGGACGUGAGAUUAAGCCCUGUACAGUUUCAUAUUGAUAUUUGCUAUAUUUUCUGCUCAUAUAUAUUACUAAAUUCAUUAUCUGUAAAUAAUAUAAUGUAAAUGUGUAGUGAUUGUAAAUAGGUGACGUGGUUUCUUUUCUAUCAGUGUUCCAAACAUAUGUAAGUUGUAAUAAAAUGUGACUACACAGUAAAGAGCAUUUAAUCAGGAUCUAACACCUCACAAAA